AUGCAAAAUUUUCAGCUGGCUGUUAUGCAUAUAAUCGAUUUCAGAUUGUUAGUACCAAUGCAUCUUCUCGAUACUUUCAUAUUGGUUAUUUCCACUGUUAUCAUCAUUCAAGCUUGCCCAGCAAGCGUAGGACCGCCAGGUUCACCAGGGCGAGAAGGUCCGAAGGGAGAUCCAGGACCGCGAGGUAUGCAAGGACCUGAAGGAGCAGAAGGACAGGCAGGUCCGCCUGGACCACCUGGGAAUAGAGGUCCGCCAGGACCGGAUGGAGAUCCAGGAGAGAGGGGGGAGAAAGGAAGAGUUGGGAUGGGAGGUCAGCGGGGAAUGAUGGGAGGAUAG